UAAUUUAGAGCCAAAUCUAUUUCAUAAAAUGGAGGAUAGCCUAAUUGGAUACAAAUUUAGGGAAGAAGCUCUUCCCUUUGUUGUUCAUAAUCCAGAAACUCAAGCUUUCGAGAUCUCAAAUGAAGCAAAGGAGCUCUUCAAAAAUAUUAGCGGACCUUUUGGUAUUGUGUCAGUUGCAGGAAUGUAUCGAACAGGAAAGUCAUACCUCUUGAAUAAAGUCCUUCUUGACUUAGAUAAAGGAGACCGAGGAUUUGGAGUUGGUCCUUCAAUAAACCCUUGCACUAAGGGACUAUGGAUAUGGGGAACGCCAGUCUCUGGCUUCUCUCCUGACGGAAAGCCAAUCAAUAUUCUCAUCAUUGAUUCAGAAGGUAUUGGAGCACUUGAUGAGGACAGUAAUCACGAUACGAGGAUCUUUUCUUUGUGCAUUCUUCUCUCAUCAUUCUUUUUGUAUAAUUCAAUGGGAAGUAUUGACGAAAGUGCACUACAAAAUCUGAACCUUGUGAUUAAUUUGACGAAGCAUAUUCACAUCAAAUCCAACGUGAACCAAGAAGAGAUAGACUCUGACGAAUAUUCUGAGUAUUUCCCCUCAUUUAUGUGGAUCGUCAGAGACUUCACUCUUCAGUUGUUGAACGAAGAACUUGAAGAGAUCAAUUCAAAUCAGUAUCUUGAGAAAGCAUUGGAGGAACAGAGUGGUUUCAGUGAUAAAAUCGAAGAGAAAAAUAGGAUCAGGAGGCUACUGAAGAGCUUCUUCAAAGAAAGGCAGUGCUUCACCAUGAUCAGGCCUGUCACUGACGAAGAGAUGCUUCAAAAUCUAGAUUCUAUGGAUGAAGAGCAGUUUAGGCCAGAUUUUGUUGAGCAAGUGUUUCAGUUGAGGAGGAAAGUCAUAAAUUGUGUCAAGCCAAAGACACUUAAUGGCAAGCAACUUUCACCUGAAAUGUUCCUGACUCUUGCCGAGAGUUACGUUGUUGCCAUUAAUCAAGGAGCAGUCCCUAAUAUUGAAAACGCUUGGACUUAUAUUUGCCAGAAUGAGUCCAGGAAGAGUAUGGAAAAAGCCCUCUCAAGAUUUGAUGAGUGGAUGAAUGAUGAACUCAUUCAUAGAUUCCCUGUUGAGGAGAGCGAGCUCCAGGAGAGAUAUUUCGAGGUCAGAGCUGAAUGAAAGGAAAUAUUCACUAAGUCCUCUGUUGGUGGUGUAAUUGAUUGAGAUUAUCUUGAGCUAAAGGAAGAGCUUGAUAACAAAUUUAAACGUAUUCGUGUUGAGAAUGAAAAUCAAUGUCGAGAUCAAUGAUGUGAAUAUUGAGAAUCUUAUUAUUCAGAGAUUGAUAGGAGAAUCAGAGAAGAUGAGAUCCAAGACUUCGACCAAUUCCGCAAAGAAAUGGACGACUUCGGUGAAACUUUCUUCCAUGAAGCUCCUCCCGGUCCUGCUCGAUAUGAAGUUCUGCUCGAGUUCACCAGAGCCAAGAUCAUCGAAGUUAUUGAGUAUUUCAUCAGCAAGUUCAGAAGAGAACUCGAGUUUAACAACCAACUAUCGCAAGAAAAAGUCAACUCUCUUCAGAGCCAAAUCGACGAUUUGAAGAAGCGACUUGCUCAACAGCAGAAUGACUACGAAGCCCAGGUAAAGAACUUAAACAUGGAAAAAGCAAACAGCCUUGUCCAGAUUGCAACUGCCAAAGAGAGCAUCGAGAUGGAACGCAAGCUUCAUGAACAGUCUGUGCAAGAUCUCAGAGCCAAGUUCAAACGAGAGAAAGAAGCUGCCGAUCAGAAGAUCACUCAACUCACCGAGAAAAUGGCUACUUCCAAGAAAGCUGAAGCCGAGUCCAAGAAUAAACUAAUGAGAGAAGAAAGUGAGUACAGCAAGCAGCUAUCGCUUUUGCAGCAAGAGCUUGAGUUCCACAAGAAAGACCUCCAAGACAGAAAGAAGAAAGAAGAAGGUCUCAACCAGAAGCUCAGUCUCCAGAGAGAACAGUACCAAGACGAAACCAAGAAGCAGAAACUCAAUGGCGACGCUGAAAUUUCAAGGCUCAACCAGGAACUUGAAGACCACAAGGAACGAAUCACAGAGCUCGAAGUGAUCCACGAGAAAGAGCGACUUGAACACCAGAAUGCCAUUGAAGACCUGAGCCAGAGACUAGCAGAAACUUCAUCAGCAAGCCACUGCACUUCAGAAGAAUUUGCUCAGAUGGAAGCCAACCUCGACUUGAUGAGAGAAGAAAAGCGUAAAUCCAUCGAACAGCUCCAACUUGCUCACGAGUCCGAAACAGAGGAGUUGAGAGGCGAACUUGCUGAAGCUACCGACAAACGCAAAGAAGCGGAGCAGCGUUUGCUUGACGAUAAAAUUGCGCACGAAAAGCAAAUCGAAAUUCUCCAACAGAAAGUGAACCUGAAAGAUGAAAGCAUCCGCGACCUCACUGCUGAAAUAGACGAAAGUAAACGCAUCAUCAACAGCAUCAACGCGUCGAUUGGAGACAACUCCGAAGACGACAGCACUGUGAGCCAGCUCCAGAUCGAGAUUUCUCAGUUGCAGUCUGACCUUGAAAACCAGAGAAGCGAGUUCGACAGAAGAAUCAAGAAGCUCAAAGACGACCACGAGAGCGAAGUGAGCGACAUUGCAAGCAGUCGCAGAGCCUCAGAAACUCAGUGGACUCUUGAGAAGAGUGACUUCGAAAACACCAUAUCUGAGCUGCAAGCCCAGAUCGAAGAACUUGGUCAGGAACUCGAUCAGUACAGGUCGUCUCCAAGCAAAGAACCAUCUGAGUCAGGCUUCGGGGACGAGUUCGAAUCACAGGGAGACCAAGAGAUCCACAAACUACAGGCCACCAUCAAGGCUCUCAAAGCGGACCACCUGGCAGCCCUUGGAAGAGAGAAAGAAGUUUCGAAGCAGCUCAUCGAAGAUCUCAAACAGUCGUUCAAUGAAGAGAAGAGCGCUCUUGAAGCAAGGAUCCAUGAAAUCAAACAGAAGUUCGAUGAAGAAGUCAAAGAUAUCCAGAAAGAAAACGAGGAAACUGUCCAGAGAAAAGACGCUGAGAUCGAAGAACUCGAGUACUCCAAAAUCAGCGAACUUGAGCAGUGUGAGGCCUACUUCGAAGAGAAAAUCAAUGAAUACAAAAACAGAGAGACUGAACUAGGAACCAGGAUCAAGGGGCUUGAACAACAACUCAGCGAUAAGAAUUUAUUCCUUGAGAAGAAUUCAGUUGACCAGAAGUCGAACUUCGACAGACUUCUUGAAGACGCCCAGAAAGAAAAGAGAGAAAUUGCUGAGAAAUACGAAUCCAUUCAAAACGAGAAAAUGCAGCUGAAUAUGGAGUUGUCCCAGGCCAACGAGAAAGUCUCCAAGAUCGAAAACAUUUAUAAAGCCAAGCUCGCCGAAGCAGAAGAAGAGCUCGAGCAGUUGAAGGCAGAGAGAACCGAACUCGAAGCUGCACUUAAGGAACUCGAAGAAGGAAAGAACUUGGUUGAGUCUGAAAGAGAGAGGAUUAAGUUCGAGUUCGACAAAAAGUGCAGUCUGCUUGAACAAGAACUCAAGUUUGCUAAAAAGAAUCUGGCUGAAGAGCGUGAGAAGUCUGCCAGUGAAAUUGCGGCACUGAAGAGUGAGAACAGCCAGGCAAAUUCUGGAUCUCUCAAAGACCUCGAAGCGAAACUUGAAACCGUUAAAGAAGAAAAGGAGCGGCUCAGAGAAAAGUAUAACUCCAAGAACAGCGAACUCAAAGAAGUCAAGGAAGACCUCAACAGCAAGAACUCAGAGCUGGAGAGAGACGCCGCUCUUCUAGGUGAGAAACUCAAGAAUGCAGAGAACAGAGCCGAAGAAGCAGCGAAGGAGUACGAGAGAAGGAUCGAGGCAGCUGAAAGUCAGAACACAAAUGAGGCAUCAGCUUUGAAGGUGGACAACGAAGCUUUGAGAGACGAAGUUGGAAGUCUCAAAUCUAAGAUGGAAACAAUUGAGAAUGAAAACCAUGAACUGAUCUCAAAAUACGAUAAGGAUACAUCACUUCUAAUGAAUGAACUUGAACAUUAUAAAUCUAACCUCACUUCCUCUAAGAUUGAAAUGAAGGAAGAUAGAGAAAGAUUCCAGAGCGCUAUCAACACAUUGACUAAUAAAUUAGAAGAAAAGAAAAAUAAAAAGAUUUUAGAACAAAAUGGGGUUUUAAAAUCACUUGAAGAGAAGCACAACAACUAUGUAAAAGAUCUCAACAAACAGUUCUCUACCCAAAUUGAAGAAUAUAAAGCCAACAUCAAAGAACUUAAGGAGGCUAAUAUCGCACUGAGGGAUGAGAUGAUGGGAGAUAAAAUGACUAUCAAAAAUUUAGCCAAGAACUUAGAAGCAGAGACUACCAAGCUCAGAGACAAAGAAGCUAGAUUAACUAGUGAUAAAGAGCAAACUGUUCAUCAGCUCAAGACCAGAAUUCAAGAGCUUAUCGAAAAGAACACUGAACAUGAAAAUGAGUUAGAGGAGCAAAUCAAAGAGCUUUCUAACCGUGAGCAGAAGCUUAAUUUUGCUCUUAAUAAGAUGAAUAGCCAGUAUAAUAUGGAAAUGGAUAAGUUGAAGCAAGAGAUUAGCAAUAAAGCUAUCAAAUAUGAUAGAUUGAAAUCUACUCAUGAAAAGGUAGUCAAAGACCUUCAAAAGGUAAAAGACUCUAAAAAGAAUAUCAGGAGGAAUUAUAAUGUAGAGAGAAGUACAGCCAAUUUUGCUAAGUAUAAGCCUUCCUAUGCUGGCACUUCAGCAAAGAGAGGUCAGAGUUCAACUGGGUCUUCUAUGAAUGGAUCUCAGAAAGAGAAUACUUACAUUGGGUCGAAAUUUAUCGGUGAUAGUCAUCAGUUUGGGCUGAAUAUGACUAAUGAUUUGACAAAUCUGCAGACAAGCAAGAGCUCAGUUCCCCUGAAUAAGAUCCCUACAAAAAUCAGCACUCCAGUAUCCCAAGUAAAGACUCAUGAGGAUGAAGAUGAGGAAUAA